AUGUCGCCUACUCUCCAUAACACUGGUUUCAAGGUUUUGGGUCCUCCCCAUCAAUACAAUCUUUUGGAGUUAGCUAUUAUGAAGUAUCUUGACGAGUUGUCCUAUAAUGCCAAGGCAAUUGGUUUUGGUAUUGAGUUACCUGAACUUUUGCACGGAGGUAUCAAGGGUAUUAUUUUUGACAUGGCUUACAAGUCUUGUUGUACAAAGUUGCUUUUGCAAGCUGAGCGAGAAUGUGCCCCAAUUACCGAAAUUGAAGGUGAAGUGUCAAAUAUCCAGAGAUAUCAAAAGAACUGGCCUUCCAUUGGAUUAUUUCAAACUACUGGUUUAUAA